CACUCGUAACCUUCACACACUCGUAACUACACACUCGUAACCUUCACACACUCGUAACCUUCACACACUCAUAACUACACACUCGUAACCAUCACACACUCGUAACCUUCACACACUCGUAACUACACACUCAUAACCUUCACACACACGUAACUACACACUCGUAACCAUCACACACUCGUAACCUUCACACACUCGUAACCUUCACACACUCGUAACUACACACUCGUAACCUUCACACACUCGUAACCUUCACACACUCGUAACCUUCACACACACGUAACUACACACUUGUAACCUUCACACACUCGUAACCUUCACACACACGUAACUACACACUCGUAACCUUCACACACUCGUAACCUUCACUCACACGUAACUACACACUCGUAACCUUCACACUCAAACCUUCACACACACAUCCUGGCACACCCAUACUCACAUCACUGCUGGUUGGUAUUAUUGCAUGAUGGCUAGAACAUUUCCUGUACACUGUUCCUGUACACUCUUGGCUUGCAACUUGAGCCUGUCCCUGGUAUUGUAACUCUUUGGCCCCUCUAGGGAGGUUCCUUGAUGCUGUUGAUGGGCUCUUGAUCCAAGAAGUUGGACCUGAUCAUUCCUUUAAUUGAACAUGAUUUCCUCCCAUUCCUACAGGUGCUGUGUGGCCCCCCUACAGGUUUAAUGCUUCCCCCCAUGAAUGUAAUAAUGAUGGAGCACUUUGGUGGGCAAAAAUGCAUCUUUGGGUAGGGUGACCCGAAAAAGAAGAAACACUUUCGUCAUCACUCACUCCAUCACUGUCUUGCCAGAAGCAUGCUGACACUACCGUUAGAAAAACUGCAAUAUAUCCACAUCCCAUCCUUCAGAGUGCAGGCAGUGUAUUUCCUGCCUCCACGACUUGUAUGUGAUAUACAGCCUCUACUCACUUAAUGACGGAGUUCCGUUCCUAAGACCUCAUCGGUAAACAAAUUCGUCGGUCCAUGGACACGGAUACAUCUUCUUGAGACCAAGAGAGAAUAUUUGUCAAAAACAAAAGCAAGACUUUAUGUAUCAACAAUGGUAACAAGACAGUAUAAGUCACCAAUAAAAGCAAGACAAUACAAAUCAACAAUGAAAACAAGACAACAUGCAUUAACAAUGUAACUGAGAUGAGUGAUCACCGAGAAGAUCGCGUGAAAAUGCAAUUUGAGGAAUAACUUAUAUAAAUUACACAACAGUCAUUCCUCAUAAUGGAAGGGCUACACAUUCCUUACCCUGGAAAAUUUCAUAAAGUGAGCCAGACGACUGCCGUUGGAACGCAGACCCUGAUACACCACCCUCCUAGUUUUUACGGACAUUACCACAUCCAAGAAAAUAAUGUAACUGUUAAAGAACCCAGUCAUCUGCUAGAUGGCGAUAAGCCGUACGAAUGUGAGAGAUGCGGUAAACGAUAUGCGCAGAAAAGUCAUCUCACCAGCCACAUACAAUGGCAUACCAAAGAGAAGAACUUUGAGUGUAAAAUAUGCGAUAAGAGAUUUAGUAUGGAAAGUCAUCUUAAUGGGCAUAUGCUAGAACACAGCAGGGAAAAAAAGUUUGAAUGCGAAGUUUGUGGUAAACGAUUCACAAUGGAAAACUAUCUGACAAGUCAUAUGCACGUACACAUCACUGAGAAGAAAUACGAAUGCGAAAUCUGUGACAAAAGGUUUGCAAUGCAAAAUCAUCUAAAUAGCCACAUGCUAGUACACUGCAUGGACAGAAAAUAUGAAUGCGAAAUAUGUAGAAAACGAUACACGCAGAGAAGCCAUCUGAACAGCCAUAUGUUAAAGCAUUGUAAAGAUAAAAAUCACGAAUGUUUAUUGUGCGGUAAACGAUAUAACAUGGAAAGCCAUCUUAAAAGCCAUAUGCUUGUUCAUAAUGAUGAGGACAAAAAGUUUGAGUGCGUGAUGUGUGGUAAGCGUUUUCACAUGGAAGUUCAACUGAACAGUCAUAUGGUCGUUCACAACGAGGAUAAAAAAUUUGAAUGUCCUCAGUGUGACAAACGAUUCCCCUUGGAGCUGCAUUUGAACAGUCACAUGCUUGUUCAUACCAGUGAGAAAAAGUUCGAGUGUCUGUUGUGUCAUAAACGAUUUACAAUGGAGAGUCACCUUGUAAGUCAUAUGCUGGUGCAUAACGAGAAGAGGUUCGAGUGUGAAGUAUGCGGGAAGAGAUUCAAUAUGGAAAGCCAUCUGAACAGCCAUAUCCUUGUUCAUACAGUAGAAAAAAACUUUGAAUGCGAGGUGUGCAACAAGCGCUUUGCAAUGGAAAACCAUCUAACAAGUCAUAUGCUUGUUCAUAGUGAAGAUAAAAAAUUUGGAUGUCAAAUUUGCAGCAAAAGAUUUAACAUGGAAUGCCACUUGACGAGCCAUAUGCUGGUGCACAACGAGGAUAGGAAGUUCGAAUGCGAAAUGUGCGGCAAGAGGUUCAACAUGGAGAGUCACCUCAAUAGCCACAUGCUCGUCCAUAACGAGAAAAAGUUUGAGUGUCCGCUAUGCACUAAACGAUUCAACAUGGAAAGUCACCUCCGAAGUCAUAUGCUCGUGCAUAACGAAAAAAAGUUUUCCUGCAUGUUGUGUGCCAAACGCUUUCACAUGGAGAGUCAUCUGAAUAGCCAUAUGUUAGUGCACAGUGAGGAUAAAAAUUUCGAGUGUACAGUUUGUGGUAAGAGAUUCAAUAUGGAAUGUCAUCUUAAUAGCCAUAUGUUAGUACACAGUGACGAAAAGAAAUUUGAAUGUGAAAUCUGUAGUAAAAGAUUCAAUAUGGAGAGUCACCUGAACAGUCACAUGCUAGUACAUAAUGAAAAAAAAUUUGAAUGCCCUCUGUGUAGCAAAAGAUUCAAUAUGGAAAGCCAUCUUAAUAGUCAUAUGCUUGUGCACAGUGAUAAGAAUUUUGAAUGUGAUGUUUGCGGUAAGCGUUUUAGUCAGAGCAGCCACCUAAUAGCCACAGAUUUAUGCACAGUGAAGAAAAGAAAUAUGAAUGUCAGGUGUGUAGGAAACGGUUCUCUCAGGAAAGCCAUCUCAGUAGCCACAUGUUUGUGCAUAACGAAGAGAAAAAAUUUGAAUGCGAUGAAUGUGGAAAACGAUUUGGCCAGGAAAUUCAUCUAAACAGCCAUAAAUUUACACACAGUGGGAAGAAAGCUGAGUACCAGCAAUGGGGAAAACAAAUGAUGCAGAAGAAUCAUAUAAAUACCCAUAAAUAUAUGAAUGAUGAUGAGAAAAAAUAUGCAUGUGAUGAAUGUGGGAAGAGGUUCAUCCAUGAGAACCAUCUGAUGACUCACAAAUUUGUGCACACAGAGGAAAAAAAAUUCGCAUGUGAGGUCUGCGGCAAGCGAUUUUCUCACGAGAGUUACCUUUGUAGCCAUAGGUACGUGCACAGUGAGAAGAGAUUUGAGUGCACACAUUGUGGAAAGCGAUUUACGCAGGAAAGCCAUCUUAACAGCCAUAGCUUUGUUCAUACAGAGAGGAGAGAGGCUGAAUUUGCAAAACAGAUACCAGUGCAGCAGAAGGACCAGAAUAGUCAUGUGGUAGUUCAAAAUGACAAGAAACCAUUCGAAUGUGAUGCAGACGGGAAACUACUAAUUCAACAAACAUAUCAGCCACCAUAUGCGUACGCUCAGUGGGAACAUGUCCGAACAUUGUGGUCUCUGUAAUUAACAUUGCGGAAGUUUUGCUAAAAGAUAUUUAUUUAGCAACAGUGUAGUGUUGUAUAAAAUUGUAUUGAAAAAUAUUUCUCAUUACAAAGAGAUCUAAUUGAUUCUUGAAACAUUUGAGAGUAAGAGCGAUGGCAUCAAAGAGGCAAUUGUGACGAUUGAACACUUAUUAUGGUGAAUAACUAAAGUGUAAUGAGCACUUGUCAAUGCUCAGUAAUAACCCACAUGGAGACAGAAACACGGGAAGUUAACUGAUCUGUAUACAGUGGACCCCCGCAUAACGAUUACCUCCGAAUGCGACCAAUUAUGUAAGUGUAUUUAUGUAAGUGCGUUUGUACGUGUAUGUUUGGGGGUCUGAAAUGGACUAAUCUACUUCACAAUAUUUCUUAUGGGAAUAAAUUCGGUCAGUACUGGCACCUGAACAUACUUCUGGAGGGAAAAAAUAUCGUUAACCGGGGGUCCACUGUAUUUCAACCUUCUUCUGGGAUCCUCUUCAGCAGAUGAAGAGGAUCCCAGAAGGGGGGGCCAAAAUAUGCAGAUCAGUCAACCUGUGUUUCUUUCUCCAUGCGGGUUAUUAGUGAACAUUCAUUGUGGUGUUUGACAGUGUAAACUUGCAUGGUUGUUCUUCAAUAAUUUAUCAAACUGGAGGAUAUUCAGAAUAUUAAUGUGGAAUAAACACUUAUUUAUGAUAAGAUAUUAGGUCUACUUUACUACUCUGUGUAGGUUUCUUGUAGUUGUGUGUGUGAUGUAUGUAAGCAGAAGAGUAACUGUUCACAUAUAAGGUCGGAUCAGGGAUAAAACUGAACUUGGUAGGAUGCUGUGUAAGCAAAUUAUUUUCACACACGUAAAUAACAAAAAAGGCACAAUACCGUGACUGGAACAAUACACAAAUAACCUGCACAUAAAAGAGAGAAGCUUAUGACGACAUUUCGGUCCGACUUGGACCAUUGAAAAAGUCAAUGGUCCAAGCUUCUCUCUUUUAUGUGCGAGUUAUUUGUACACACACGUAUAUUUGUGUCACUGAAACAACAGCAUAGCCUGUCAAGGACCAGGAACUUGCCUCUUUGUUUUACAGUAUUUGUACAACAGAUUAUCCAAUUUCUUUUGCCUUCCCAGGGACACCCAGGUCAUCCUUAAAUUUAUAAAUAUAGCAUUGUAGAUUUAUUUUAUUACUAUGUCAACAUGAUUUCCUGCCCUGUCUUCAUAAUUGCAAAAUUUAUAUACAGCCGAGCAUCAGAAUAAUAAACAUUCCAGUGUGUAAUGACUACCCUGGCAGCCUGAUAAAUACUACAUAACUACAGACAUCUCUCUUAUAAACCUCCUCCAAACGGUGCAAUUUUUUUGUAAUUGACAUUGGAAAAGCACAUCUGAAAUUUAAGAGCUUGUGGAAAGGCCUUCAUAGUACAUGCUAUUUAAUUUUCGAGUCACUUUUUCAAGUGUAUUUACAAAAAAAAAAAAUUACUAUACAGAGAAGGUUUUUAAGAGAGCUAACUGUAUUUUCCUAUUCAGCUACUGCAGGAGAAGCAUUGACCAAUUGAUAGGAAAACUUAAAUAGUACAAUAACAAAAUUUGACGUAGUUUAGCCAUAACUAUAGCAAAAGAUAGACACUUUUAUGCCUUAAUUUAAAUUUUGUUAUAUUUUAUGAAAAUCAGUAUACAGAUAAUAUACAAAAUUAUUUGUAUAAAUCCCAUGUACAGUACCUUAUUUAUCUCCCUAAACUGUCCAGUGUAUUGCAGUAAAUAAGAACUAAAGUACCAUCGUGUAAAUAAACAAGGUUUUAAAGAAUAUCGGACCAUAAUACUGUGUUAGGUAAAUGACACAUGCAACUAAUGUGACAUUUUUAUUGUGGCAGCGUUUUGCUCUCCAGGAGCUUGGCAGAACGUUGCCACAAUAAAACGUCAAAUUAGUUGCACUUGGUUCCUUUUACCUAACAUAUUGUCGAUAAUUCUACCAACAUUAUUACACAAUACUGUGGCUGGAACAGAUCACCAAAAACCCAUUUUUGGGAGAGGAAUUUUAUGAUACUGUUUUGGUUCAUUCUGGACCAAAACUUCGUUGAUACCUUUGAUGAGUUCCAAGAGU